UGUUAUGGAAGAGGAAGAUUAGCACACACACACACAAAUGCUCCACACACUCAGAGUGGAAGAUGCAGUUUGUUCCUCAGGAAGUUGUGGGCUGGCACAUGCAGUGCAGAGCAAGACCCAAAUUUCAUGGUAGUUGCACUAGAACUUUGGAAGGUAUAGAUACUGCACAUGGAGGAACUGAGGGAGCCCUAUUCUCCAUCAAAUUUGCCACCGGCUGAACCAGUGUCAAGGGUCACCAUGAAGACCUUCCUGAGUGUGAUCUGUGUCUUUGUUAUUGCCCAACUUGUGGGGACUGUCCUCUACAUUUUGCACCUUCACAUCAAGUUAGACAAGAUGGGCAACGAGCUGACGUUACAUGAAGAUUACGUGUUCCUGAAACAAGUGCAGAAUUGUCGGAAACCACAGGGGGAUGAUGUCUCCUUUCUAGAUUGCGUGAAGAUUUCAGAAACCUUCCGAGAACUGAUGGAUUUUCCCCAAAAGGUUCCAGAGCAAAUUGUGCCAGCUAUGCAAACAGGUAACCCAAAGCGAGGUGCAAGCAUUCACUUGGCAGGUGUGAGCACCCAGAACAAAGUUCUACACUGGAAGAGUACGAUCUAUGCCCCAAAGGAUGAGGCGUUUUCCAACUCGGAUGGAAAAAUCACAAUUAGCAAAGAAGGGCGGUAUUACAUUUACGCCCAAGUCACCUUUUGCAGCAAGCCAGAUCUGCGUGCCCCGUUCAAUGUCCUUGUCUAUCUCAACCUGCUGUUGGAGACAGACCAACUGCUCCUGAAGGGUGUGGGUACUUACAGCAACUCAGUGGACAUGUGUGGCUUGCAGUCCAUCUACGUGGGCCGGGCCGUGGAGCUCCAGUCAGGCUGCACAGUCUUUGUGAACGUAACGGACAUCUCCCGAGUAAAUUAUGCCCACGGGAACACUUACUUUGGCCUUAUUCAGCUCUCCUAGAAAAGGCCCUUCGUUCUGUGGCUCAACUUCUCCUGCCCUCCAACCAUAUUUAUGAACUGUUUGGUUCUAUUUCUUUUAUAGAUGUAUUUUAUUUAAUUUAUUAAGAAGGAGAAUUAUUCCAAUCUGAAGGUUAUCAUAUAUAGGCAGCCCUUAGAUGAGAGGAGAGCAGUGGUUCCAUCUUGGAAGGCUGAGUGUGUUGCCAGUUUCAAGACGGCAUCUCGUGUGGUUUCCAGGACUGUUGCUGAUGGAGAAAGCUAUGUGGCUCUCAAUCCCAAGCGUGCUUUGCUAGAGAACUCACUGAAGGACUGUUGUCUCAAUGGGGAAGCAUCUGCUUCAUCCAGGAGUCCAACACCAGGUCACAGUUACCUCGAAAGAGGACUACGAACUGCUUGCUCCUCGGGAUCAGCCAAUGUUCCCCAAGUGGAUGUUCUUCAGGUGUGCUGAGAUUCCAACUGCAAACAUUUUUUGGCCAACCUGGCCAGCUUUGCACAACAUAUAAAUCUUCUCAUUGUUAUAUAAUAUUUUACAAAAGGCUAACAUGUUAACAGAAUAACAGAGUUGCAAAGGACUUUGGGGGUCUUCUAAUCCAACCCCUUGCUCAGGCAAGAGACCCUAUACAUUCCAAAUGGC